AUGUCCACCUUUCACAACGAACGCUCGCCAACACAGGUUAUGAGCCUAGCGACCGUCGAUCAUAACCCGCCGCUCUCCAUUCGCCGGCUCCACCAGCCAAUCCAAUGCACCCAUGUGUCGCUCGUGUGCCCGCAAUCCAACUUCGAGCACAUCUUCUGGUUUCUGGUGACCUCCCUGAGUAGCUUUGUCCGAACAGCCCUGAGCAGCCGCGUGCUUGAAGAUGCCACAAGACGCCGGCGGCGGACGUUACGCGGCUAUGCGAACGGUCGCUUAGACACGGACAACCGACGCAUCCGUGAGAUGUUCAUUGCUCACGCCCAAUGGCGACUGCAGGCCGUCGAGGGUGCUGACAUUGCACCUCUUGGCGUCGAACCUUCAUGUGCAGUGGAAUUUUGCGCGGUACAUACACUUCUAGUAGGCAAGGAGACUAGUGAAGGGACACCCACGCUUAUGAUUCCGUUCCGCAUGUCCGCGGACCUGACAGCUGGCUUUGAACUGCAUUGGAAAAGCGGUUUCGAGGGCCGCCUGGCUGCGUUUCGAGGUCCACCCGUUCGCGCUCCACUUUCUGCCGCUGCACGGACCAUUAUCAAGCAGCAGUUAUCUGGGCACCGCGGUGCCAUCCGCAUUGAGACCAAGGCGGACGAGCCGAGACCAACAUCAUUCGUUUCUGCGCGACGGGACGUCCGCCCUGGCGAGUCGCAACGCUACCGUCGGGUGAAUUUCGAACAUGCAGAGUCAGAGCCGCAAGAAUCCCGGGAUGCAGAAGCGCGCGCUCUGAGUACCCUUGCGUCAUCGUCGGAUCCCAAGGAAGAGCAAUGCUGCUACCACAAUCUACUGCUGUUACGGGCGUACUCGGACUUCCAGUCAAGCCUGAUGACCACAGCUGCCCGGUCUGCCAGAAGGAGUGGCAACACAUUAGUAUGA